AUGGCUAGUGAGGAGAGUUUCGUGGUGUUGGUUCACCACAGAGGAUCUAUUAAGAGGAAAAUUCGUUCCGGUGUGAAGUUCACUGAUAAGGAUCCUCUCUGUAUUAUCGUCAGGCCUACGACGAGGUAUGAGGACCUUGUUAGCUCUGUACUGCUAAAACUUGGUCUAGAAGGUGUGAAACGGGUUAAGAAGUUUUUUUAUCAAAUUCCAAUCACGGUGCUCCAAGAAACUGUGAAGUACGAUUGUUUCACAAUCGGGAGUGAUGAGGACUUGCAGGUCAUGUUUCAUUGUCGCCGGCAGUUUCCAGAGCUCGGGGGUUCGAACCGAAAUACCACCACUUUAGCCACGGUAGCCGGUUCUAGCUCCAGACCAGCCGUUGCAUCUUCCUCCGUCCCUGCGUACGAGCCACCCGUCCAACCUGUUGCCUCCCCUUCAUUCGCUGUUGAUCUCAACGGCAGUGUAGGUGACGAGGUCGGAGAAGGGGAAUAUCUGCGGACCUCUUUACAGUGUGCUGUACCGGCUUGGGUUGGAGAUGGAUUCUUGGAUGAUCCAGAGGACGAUGAUGUCGAGCCGGAUAUGAUUGCUGAUGACAGUGGCGAUGAUGUUGGAGCAAGUGAGCCUGCUGGGGCGGGCGGUGGUUCUAGCUCUGGCACGCAGCAGUACCCUCCACAUUUUCCUCUUUGGACUUGGAUGCCAUGA